GUAAUAUCGUAACAUUAAUUGCUACCACCAACCGGCGACCGAUAAAGCCGCCGCAAAGGCUAAUAAGAACUUUGCUAUUACACCAAAACUGAAACAGAAAGAAACGUUCCUUUUAACAAAAGCUUAGUUUCCAAAUUUUUAAUUCUAAGGGAUUUCUCACUUUCAUCAAAUUUCCUUUUCAGAAAUCUUAGGGUUCUGUUGUUGAAGUAAAUGAUAUCUGGUUUACAAUGGAUGAGUUACCAGAGAACUUGGUUUGGGAAAUUUUAGGCAGGAUUAGGAAAACUGGGGACCGAAACUCAGUUUCGUUAGCGUGUAAGCGUCUUUAUGAACUUGAUAACGAACAGAGAAUUUCUCUUCGAGUUGGGUGCGGGUUAGAUCCUGCGAAUGAUGCUUUGGCUUCCCUCUGCAAUAGGUUUCCCAACUUAACAAGAGUAGAAAUCACUUACUCCGGUUGGAUGUCGAAACUCGGCAAACAAAUGGAUGACCAGGGGCUCUCGAUUCUUUCCGGUUACUGCCCUUUACUGAGUGAUCUCACUCUAAGUUAUUGCACAUUUAUCACUGAUAUGGGCCUUCGUUACUUGGCUUCUUGCUCCAAGCUUUCAGCAUUGAAGCUGAACUUCACCCCGAGAAUUACCGGGUGUGGCAUACUAUCCCUUGUUGUAGGCUGCAGAAGCCUCACGAUUCUUCACCUAAUCCGCUGCUUGAAUGUUAACAGUGUUGAGUGGUUAGAAUAUCUUGGCAAGCUUGAAACACUCGAAGAUCUGUCUAUUAAAAAUUGUAGAGCAAUCGGGGAAGGUGAUUUGAUAAAGCUAGGACCAAGUUGGCGAAAGCUAAAACGGUUGCAAUUUGAGGUGGAUGCUAAUUACCGUUAUAUGAAAGUUUAUGAUCGGUUGGCUGUAGAUCGAUGGCAGAGACAGUGGAUUCCAUGUGAAAAUAUGCAGGAGCUUAGCUUGGUCAAUUGCAUCAUCAGCCCUGGAAGAGGGCUGGCUUGUGUAUUAGGGAAGUGCAGGAACUUGGAGAAAAUUCACUUGGAUAUGUGCGUUGGAGUACGAGACUCUGAUAUUGUAAGCUUAGCACAAAAAUCUAGUAAUCUUCGGUCGAUAUCCCUCCGAGUUCCUUCUGAUUUCUCACUGCCUUUACUGAUGAACAAUCCAUUGAGAUUAACCGACGAGAGUCUAAAAGCCAUUGCUCAAAACUGUUUGAUGCUUGAAACACUGAGGAUAUCUUUCUCCGAUGGAGAGUUCCCUUCGUUUUCAUCGUUCACAUUAAAUGGAAUCCUUAGUGUGAUCCAAAAUUGCCCUGUCCGGGAACUCGCACUGGACCAUGUCUAUUCCUUUACUGAUGUUGGGAUGGAAGCUCUAUGCAUGGCUCAGCAUUUAGAAACCCUGGAGCUCAUGAGAUGCCAAGAAAUAAGUGAUGAAGGGUUGCAGCUCGUAAGCCAGUUUCCCCAUCUCCAUGUUUUGCGGCUGAGCAAAUGUUUGGGGAUUACAAAUGGCGGGUUCAGAACUCUCAUCGGUUCAUACAAACUCGACUUGUUGGCCGUUGAGGAUUGUCCUCAAAUUUCAGAAAGAGCAAUCUGCGGUGCGGCUAGAUCGAUAUCAUUCCGGCAAGAUUUAUCCUGGAUGUAUUGAAACAUCUUUUACAGGUUUGAGUCAAUGAUUAUGUGGGGAUUUUCUUUUGAUUGUUUGUAUCCUUUCUAAUUUCAUUGAACAUUCACAGAUGUUGUUGCAUCAUCUUUACAUGUAACAGUUGAUAAUAACAAUGUAACUUGUAUAUGCCAAAUUGUAUUAUUGAUUGUUGAAAA